AUGACCGUUCGUGAUGCAUGGGCUAUCCAGCUCAAUCUUAUGGAUACCGAGACCUCGUCUAUCUUUAUGCUUGCGCUUAAGUUUGCUAUUUUCUCGGUCAACGGCAUACCUUCCAUCUCUAGCUUGCUGGUCAAGACAAAUAAGCUCCCCUCGGAGCGUGUUCAUCUUCGGUAUUCUAUGACCUCGGUCAUGAUUGCUGAAUUCCUUGCCUUCCCCCCUGACGAUGAAAGAGCCCUACAGGCAAUAUGCCGAAUGAACAAUAUUCACCAAACCUACCAGCGGGCCGGUCAAAUCCUAAAUGAUGAUCUGCUGUACACCCUUGGCCUUUUUGCCUAUCUUCCAGUCCGAUGGGUUGGUAAAUACGAUUGGCGUGGACUGACCGACAUGGAAAAGUGUGCUCUGGGCACGUUCUGGAAGGAUAUCGGCGAUUGCAUGGAGAUCGAUUACUCUGAUCUCCCAUCGUCCAAGUCUGGCUGGAAGGAUGGCCUCCACUGGCUGGAGGAAGUUGCCGAAUGGGGCGAUCGCUAUGAACAAAAGAACAUGGUUCCUUGUGAGAGCAACCGUCGUGUGGCGCUAUCAGCCAUUGAUAUCAUACUCUAUACCAUCCCCAAGUUCCUGAGGCCAUUUGCAACGAAGAUGCUCUAUGCCCUCUUGGAAGAUAGGAUGAUAACGGCCUUAAUGUACCGUACCCUACAAAUCCCCCCUAAAGAGAGGCCAUUCUCCAUUCUAACAAACUCAACUCUUAAAAUAGGCUCCCAAAACCUUCCAAGUUUUAUAGAAUAG